CCAUUGCUCAGUGGCAAUUGAUCGCGCAACGGGAGUGGUUCUAGUUGUGAAAGCUUUACGACUGCCAGUUAAUUGCAGGAAGUUUACUCAGACAGGACUUUGAAAAGGAUUGGGAAAAAAUACAACAUUUUUAUGGAAUAAGGCCUUAAAGGACUUUGAAAGGAUAUUACAAUUGUAAAUUAAGAAUCAUGAAUAAAAGGGCACCCUUGCUGUCAUGAAUGGAACUAAAAUCUUAAUAAUAAAAUAAAAAAAAAUAUGAUAAGCAUUAAACUAAAAUAAAAUAAUAAUAAAAAAAAAAUUAAAUUAAAGUAUUUAUGAAUGUAGUUAAUACAAGUCUUAAUUAAAAAAGGACUCAAAACUAUAUGCGUGUGUAAUAAAUAAUAUUAAAGAUACCUGUGAUAAAAAAACAUCUAUAAAAUGUAAAGCGAUUUAAAUUAAUUACGGAACCAAUAAAUUUUUACUUACUGUGCAUUGCAACUAGACUAAAUUUAAGAGUAAACCUAAAUGUCUGAAAAAAGGAAGCAGCAAUAAAACCUUUCUCAAACCGAUUAAAGGCAACUUAAAACAAUUUUCCACAUGCACUAUUAACACAAUCAGAUCCGGCCCAAAGUAAUUGAUUGGCCAAUUUUGUUGGCUUAAAUUAAUUUCCGUAUUUCAAAGUGCAUGCUGCAAAUAGCUGUGAUCGAAGUUAAGUUUUAGGAGGGCAAAAUGUUGAGAAGCAGCCAUUUAAAGUACUGCCUUGGCAGUUUGAUUUGCCUUUUCAUUUUCUGUGAGACCGCUUUUGGCGACUUGAUUAAGGUGGACAAAACCAUAUUGGAAGAUGCCAACCUGAUCACGCCGGAUCUGAUCCAGAAGUAUGGGUAUCCGGCGGAAACCCACAAGGUCCAGGCGAAGGAUGGCUUCGUCCUUACGGCUCAUCGCAUUCCCAAGCCCGGUGGACAGCCCGUGUUGUUGGUACAUGGUUUGCUGGACAGUUCGGUGGCAUAUGUGAUAUUGGGUCCCGAAAGGUCCUUGGGCUUCCUGCUCAGCGAUCUGGGAUACGAUGUUUGGCUGCUUAACACAAGGGGCAAUCGGUAUUCACGGAAGCACAAACGAUACCACCGAUACCAGCCGCAGUUCUGGAAUUUCUCCUUCCAUGAACUCGGGAUGUACGAUCUGCCAGCGGCCAUUGAUUAUGUCCUUGCGAGGAGCAAGGGCUUCGAACAGAUCCACUAUGUGGGCCACUCGCAGGGCACUACGUCCUUCUUUGUGAUGGGCAGUGAGAGGCCGGCCUACAUGAAAAAGAUCAAACUUAUGCAGGCUCUGGCUCCGGUUGUAUUUUGGGACUACAUCGAUUCACCGAUUCUUCUCACCUUCGUAAAGUAUUUGCGACCUCUGGUGUUGAUCGCCAGAUCGUUUGGAAUUUACGAAUUUCCGCCGGAGAACGAAGUGUGGCGCAGUCUGAUACAUAAGAUCUGCAGCUUCGCCUUCCAGAACACCUGCACCUAUUUCAUAAUGGAACUCAUGGGCGUGGACAAUGCACAAUUUAACUCCAGCCUGGUUCCGCUCUUCACGGGACACGCAACCUCGGGAUCAUCGGUUAAGUCCUUGGAGCACUAUGGCCAGUUGAUACACAGCGGUGGGUUCUACAAGUACAAUUACUACAGCGCCUGGGAGAAUCGAAGAAACCACGGUGCCGACAUUCCGCCACAGUACAAACUAACUAACGUCAACUGCAAGGUGGCACUGUACUACAGUAAAAACGAUCGUCUAACAUCCGACAGGGAUGUGAUUCGGUUACUUGACAUCCUGCCAAAUGUGGUGCUCGAUUACCCACUGCCAGAUCCUCUGUACAACCACAUCAACUUUAUUUGGGGAAAUGACGUGAAAACCGUCCUCAACGAUCGCGUGAUAGAACUUAUGCGAAAAGUGGACAAUGGCGAAGUGUAGGGACUAUAUCUAAUAUUAAAGUAAGGCCCCCUUUCUGUGUUAUCUAAAUGUUUAAAUCAUUUGGUUUUAAGAGUAUUUAUAAAGGAUUAAGAAGGUUUUUAGUUAGCUACUUAGUAAAAUGUACAGUCCUACUACCAUUAAAAAUAUUUUUUUUUUAUAUUGGUUACCUAAAGCGGUAAAUGUGGUUUUUAAAUGCUGAAUGCAAAACAAAAUAGUUAAUAUAAGUAAGUGGCCUAAUUACUAUUAAUUAUUAUAUUCGAUUUACAAAUAGAAGCGUAAUUUCAAAGAUAAGGUUUUAAUUGACAUCAAAUCAAUUUGAGUUGUUUAGUUUAAUUGCUAUACUUGCUGUGUUUUACCUCGAGCGUCUUUAAGAGGCUUUAUAAACAACAAUUGUUAAGCCAGAAAUUACUGUGGCAUAACUCCCAAGUUGGCUUAAACGUAGACAAACUGAUUCCUUAAAGUAAUUAUUGUGGGACCAAUUAAAGUGCAGAACGUCACUUGAAUGCAUAAAUAUUCUGAAUGCAAGACUGCUGUAAAUACAUUUGAAAUUUUGUUGCUUUCUUUGCGCACUGACUCACUCAACAGCAGACUUAUUGUAAAUUACCAUGAAACGCACUGAAACAUGAAAUCAGAUUAAAUAUUUAAAUCGGACAAGAGGCUUGUGGCGUGCCAAAAAAAAAAAAACAAGAGCUGCCAGCAUAUACUGAUAAUAUAUAUUUCUAUAGAGCUGCUGCAAAUUUAUUGCGAGUACAUUUUAUUUAAAACUCCAUUGCAUCUGACACUUCGAAGUGGGGGAAGUCCCCUCCAGGACUCUGUGCAGUUGCCAAAAAACCGAAAUUGCCACUGACACCGUGCAUAUGUGUGUGCGUUUGUGUGUGUGUGUGUGUGUGUGUUUUGGGGUGUGCCUGCAAACCACAAGAAAAUAAAAGUGUCACUCCAUAGAUGCAAACUUAAUUGUUUGCAGUCUGAGUCCGAAACCAGCAGAACAAACAAAAGCAUUCGAUACGCCGCCCCAGAGGACGGGCUGCCACUAGUUUCAAUUUCUAAAAUAAAGGCCGAAUAAACUGCUCAUACGAGUAGAUGUAUGUGAAGAAUUCAGGCUGAUUGCACAGAAGCGAGGUUUAUGCUGCAAAUCAUUUUAAAGCGAAAAUCAAACCAGCUAACUCUGCGUUGGCUGUGCGAACUCGACGGA